CAAAAAUUUAAACUUUAACCGGAAGAACAGACAACAACAAGCAAGCCAAGCGUGUGUCUGCGUCCUUUAUCUUAUUAUUUUACUCUCCAUAUUCCAGAAAAUGGCUCUUAGUAGUGACGACCAGACUAAAAUGUUCUUUUAUGAGAACAGACUUCAAACAUUCGUUGGUUGGCCGUUUGAAGAGGGCUGCAUUUGCACUCCAGAAAACAUGGCCAAAGCUGGAUUUAUUCACACCCCGUGGGAGAAUAGUCCAGAUACAGCGCAGUGUUUCUUCUGUCUGAAAGAGCUGGAAGGAUGGGAACCUGAGGAUGACCCUGAGAAAGAGCAUAAGACACAUUCUCCAACCUGUGAUUUUAUCUUGCUGAAGAAGACUGUGGAUAGUCUGACAGUGGAGGAGUUUCUGAAACUUCAGAAAGAGAGACAGAAGUUUAUCAUCAAAAAAUCAUGUAAACAGGCGAUUGAUAAAUUUGAAGAGGUGGUGAAGGUCAAGAGGGCCCAGAUCAUCCAGACUGCGAUGGGGGAGGAGUAAAGAGUUUCAUUUUGCUGUGGUCUAAUUUUUUUGUGGACCUCACUUUCUACUUUUCUUUCUUUUGUACGUCAUGAAACGCUGUAUGUUUUAUAAAUGUUACCUGUUGAAAUUGUCCAUAUACACAUUCCUCCUUUUAUAGUAUUUAUUUUAAAAUGAUCUUAAUAAAAAGACUCUCCCAUGGCACCUGUAAAAUGUUUAAGGGACAUUUUUUCAGUCUUAUCUCUUGUUCUUAAAGUCUUUUUGUUUGUUUGUCUGUUAAGUAUAAAAACUGAAAUAAAAAAUCUUGUAGCCUACCUGUAACAAGAGUUUUCUU